AGGAAAGACUCGGUCUGGCCCUCUCGACGUCUCCCUCGUCUAAAAUUUCCCCAUUUUCUUCCUGCAACUCCCGCCAUCCUGUCAGGAGAGGGAGGAAAGAGAGAGGGAGAGAGAAUGGUGAGCUCCCCAUCUCCGUCUGGCGCGGGGCUCGGAUGUCAGGUACGGUGUUCCGGCUGCCGGGAAAUCCUGAACGUUCCCGCGGGGAUCAAUGAGUUUAGCUGCCCCAGGUGCAAGCUCCCUCAGAUGCUCCCGCCUGAGCUCCUGUCCAAGGGCGGCCGCGGCUCUGCCGCUGCUGCCGGCGCCGCGCCACAGGGCAUCGACCCGACGAAGAUCCAGCUUCCCUGCGCCCACUGCAAAGCCCUCCUCAACGUCCCUCACGGGCUAGCCCGAUUUGCCUGCCCACAGUGCGGUGUCGACCUGGCCGUUGACCUUACCAAGCUCCAGCAUUACCUCUCCUCCAUGGCCAACCACCCAUUGAUGCUGCCGGCCUUCGGCGAAGAUCCUGCUGAAGAAGUCAAUGAGGUAGCAGAAGACAUGGAGCGAGAACAAGAUGAGGGUGGAACUGCUGGAGAAACAUUUACUGACUAUCGGCCUUCUAAAUUAUCAAUAGGCCCACCUCAUCCAGAUCCAGUUGUGGAGACCUCUUCAUUGUCAGCUGUGCAGCCUCCAGAUCCAACGUAUGAGCUGAAAAUCAAGGAUCAGAUUGUUAAAUCUAAAUCAUUAUCUUGUUUGCAGAUAGAGACGAUAGUCUACAGUUGCCAGAGACAUGCCCAGCAUCUUUCAAGUGGUGCAAGGGCAGGUUUUUUCAUGGGAGAUGGAGCUGGUGUUGGAAAAGGACGAACAAUUGCGGGGCUUAUAUGGGAAAAUUGGCAUCAUGGAAGACACAAAGCAUUGUGGAUAUCUGUAGGUUCGGACUUGAAGUACGAUGCACGGCGAGAUUUGGACGAUGUAGGUGCUUCAUGCAUUGAAGUACAUGCACUAAAUAAGCUUCCUUACUCAAAGCUUGACUCUAAGUCAGUGGGAAUUAAAGAAGGGGUCCUUUUCUUGACUUACAGUAGCUUGAUUGCAUCAUCUGACAAAGGCCGUUCUCGUCUUCAGCAGCUGAUACAGUGGUGUGGACCAGAGUAUGAUGGCCUUUUAAUAUUCGAUGAGUGUCACAAGGCAAAAAAUCUUAUCCCGGAGGCUGGUGGUCAAGCAACUCGUACGGGUGAAGCAGUUGUCGAAAUUCAGGCACGAUUGCCAGAAACCCGCGUUGUUUACUGUUCUGCAACUGGUGCUUCUGAGCCACGAAAUAUGGGUUACAUGGUACGGCUUGGACUCUGGGGAACAGGAACAGCCUUCCCUCAAUUUCACGAUUUCUUAGGAGCCCUUGAAAAAGGUGGUGUUGGUGCAUUGGAGCUUGUUGCUAUGGAUAUGAAGGCGAGGGGUAUGUAUGUCUGUCGAACUCUCAGCUUUAAAGGAGCUGAAUUUGAAGUUAUUGAAGCUCCACUGGAGGCAGAGAUGAUGGACAUGUACACAAAAGCUGCAGAAUUUUGGGCAGAGUUACGUGUUGAGCUUCUGACAGCAAAUGCUUAUCUUUUUGAUGAAAAACCUAAUCCUAGCUUGUUGUGGCGGCUUUAUUGGGCCAGCCAUCAGCGUUUCUUUAGGCAUCUAUGCAUGGCUGCAAAGGUGCCUGCUGCUGUGCGGUUGGCCAAGCAAGCAUUGUUGGAAGACAAAUGUGUUGUGAUUGGACUACAGAGUACGGGGGAAGCUCGAACAGAGGAAGCUGUCACGAAAUAUGGGCUUGAGAUGGAUGAUUUUGUCUCUGGACCACGUGAAUUGUUGCUAAAACUGGUGGAAGAAAAUUACCCUUUGCCUCAAAAACCAAAUGUUUUUCCAGGUGAAGAAGGUGCUAGAGAUGUUCAGCGCAAGAGGCACUCAGCAUCACCUGGUAUCUCGUUUAAAGGAAGAGUACGAAAAGUUGCCAAAUGGCAACAUGCUAGUGACAGUGAUGGCAAUGGUGAUAUCUUUAGCGACUCUGAACAUGAAUCUACUGAAUCUGAUGAGGAGUUUCAAAUCUGUGAAAUCUGCAUGACUGAAGAGGAAAAGAAAAAGUUGCUCUGCUGCUCCUGUUGUGGCAAACUAGUCCAUUCUAGUUGUCUAGUUCCACCUUUGGUGGACUUGCCAGUAGACAAGUGGUCAUGCCCUUCAUGCAAGGAGGAGACAGAUGAUUACAUGCAACAACGUCAGGCUUACUUGGCUGAAAUUUCAAACAGGUAUGAAGCUGCCAAGGAGCGCAAAUCAAAAAUAUUGGAUAUAAUACGUUCACUGAACCUUCCAAAUAAUCCUUUGGAUGAUAUAAUUGACCGGUUGGGGGGUCCAGAUAAUGUUGCAGAACUGACAGGUAGACGUGGUAUGCUGGUUAGAGCUUCAACAGGAAAAGGUGUUAUUUAUCAAGCACGGAACACGAAGGAAGUGGCCAUGGAAAUGGUCAACAUGCAUGAGAAACAAAUGUUCAUGGAUGGCAAAAAAUUGGUAGCCAUUAUAUCUGAAGCUGGAUCUGCUGGUGUUUCUUUGCAGGCCGAUAGAAGGGCAUUAAAUCAGAAACGGAGGGUUCACCUAACACUUGAACUGCCCUGGAGUGCUGAUCGAGCAAUUCAACAACUUGGAAGAACCCAUCGGUCCAAUCAAGCUUCCGCACCUCAGUAUAGGCUUCUUUUCACGAAUCUUGGUGGUGAACGGCGAUUUGCAUCUAUUGUUGCAAAAAGACUUGAGACACUUGGGGCCCUAACACAGGGUGAUCGUAGGGCAGGGCCAUCUUUGAGUGCAUAUAAUUAUGACAGUAAUUAUGGGAAGAAGUCCCUUAUUAUGUUAUACAAAGCAGUAAUGGAGCAGAGUGAUCUGCCAGUGAUGCCUCCAGGAUGUUCUCCGGAAAAGCCAGAUUCCAUCCGUGAAUACCUCAUGAAAGCAAAAGCUGCUCUUGUAUCAGUGGGCAUCAUCAGAGACUCUGCUCUUGGUAGUGGUAAGGAUAGUGGCAAAAUUACUGGUCGCAUUGUAGAGUCUGACAUGAAUGAUGUGGGACGUUUCCUUAACCGACUCCUAGGGCUGCCUCCUGACAUUCAGAAUAGGCUUUUUGAGUUUUUUGUCUCAAUCCUGGACAUUCUAGUACAUGAUGCCCGCAAAGAAGGACAGUUUGACUCCGGAAUUGUUGAUAUUAAAGGGAAUCACAUUGAACUAAAGGAACCUCCGAAGACUGUUUACAUGGACCCUACCUCUGGUGCUUCAACAGUGCUUUUCACCUUCACUAUUGACCGAGGAAUUACUUGGGAGGGUGCCAAUAAGUUGCUUGAUCAAAAUCAGGAAAGUGGUCUUCCCUGUAGCAGUGGUGGGUUCUAUGAGUCAAGGAGAGAAUGGAUGGGUAAAAGACAUUUUCUGUUAGCAUUUGAAUGCUCUAGUGCUGGUUCGGGUAUGUUGAAAGUAUUUCGUCCUGCUGUUGGAGAAGCUCUAAGGGAGAUGCCUUUAGAAGAGCUUCAAAGUAAGUAUAGAAAAGUGUCUUCGCUGGAGAAAGCUCAGAAGGGUUGGCAGGAAGAAUAUGAAGUAUCUUCUAAGCAGUGCAUGCAUGGACCUAAAUGUAAGCAUGGGCGUUUCUGUACUGUUGGAAGGAGACUGCAAGAAGUUAGUGUCUUGGGAGGCCUUAUUCUUCCUGUGUGGGGAACUAUCGAGAAAGCUCUUACUAAACAGGUUCAUCAGAGACAUACACGUCUACGUGUAGUGCGUGUAGAGACUACUGAAGAGAGGCAGCGUGUGGUCGGGCUCUUGAUUCCAAAUGCAGCAGUUACUUCAGUGCUACAAGACUUGCAGUGGGUUCAGGAUCUUGACCCUUGAAGUUGUAGAAGGCACUUCUCUUUUUCGGUGUUCGUAUCAUUUUUGUUUUUGUGGGGAUACCCACCUUCAACUCACACAAGCCUGAGGCCUACCGUUUUUCAAGGCUGCAAGCUGCGUUCCUGACACGGUCGGUGUGGAAAGACUCCUCUUCCUCAAAAGGCGUGUUACUAGCUUCCUAAAGGGUUUGACACAUUUGUAUAUUCUGUAAUCUACAUUUUUCAUGCAAAAAUGUGCAUGCUGAUUUCUUUUUUGUUUUUUUUUAUACAACAGACUUGUAAAAUUGAUGUUUAUCAUUAAAGUAAAAAAUCAAGAAAAUAUCAGAAGCAGCCA